AUGGCAAAAUUUAAUACAGAAGAGAUACGUUUGCGUAAGAAUGCAAAGAAGGGUACUCAAUUAUGUUUAUUAAUGCUAGGUUCCAAAGGUACUGGGAAAUCAACAUUUUUAAAUAAUCUAUGUGGUAGAAAAAUAUUUCCGACAUUACAACAGAAGGAAAGCUUACAAGAUCCAUCUCAUGCCCAUAUCAGUCCAACGGUUAAAGUGAUUAAAGAGACUAUUAAUUUGGAUGAGGGGAAUGGUGUUACUAUCACAUUAGAUGUUGUUUUAUUUCCAGGUGCUGGUGAUAAUUUAGAUGAUACAAAAACUCCAGCUUUAGUAAGAGAAUAUUUAGAAACUCAAUUCGAUCAUAUUUUAAAUGAAGAAAUUCAAAUUAAAAGAAGAACCAGAGACACUGAUCCAAGACCACAUAUUUGCUUAUAUUUUAUAAAACCAACAGCAAGAGGCUUAAAAGCAAUUGACAUAGAAAUGAUGAAAGAAAUUGGGAAUCAUGUGAAUAUUAUACCUGUAUUAAGUAAAGUAGACACAUUGACCGAAGAGGAAUUGAGUUUUAACAAACAUUUAAUUAUGGAAGAUAUUGAAAGACAUGGUAUAAGAUUAUUUGAUUUUAAAGAGGAUACUUUGGGAGAAUCCAUAAUGACAGAAGAUGAUUUGGAUAGAAGCUAUCCAAAUAUACAGAUACAGACAGGUCCAAAGAUCAAUCACAUUUUGCCAUUUGGAAUUGCUUGUAGCAACGAAGUUACAGAUACAAAUGGAUCUGAGUUGUCUCAUAUAAUUAAAUUCGAGUGGGGACAGGUAAUUGUGGAAGAUGUGUCUACCUCAGAAUUUAUGUUCUUAAAGGGAAUUCUUCUAGGAUCACAUAUACAAGAUUUUAAAGAUUUCACAAACGAUGUCCUAUAUGAGAACCAUAGAACUAGAAAAUUGUUGGGAAACAAAGGUUAUGCCAAUUUUACAGCUGGCAUCAUAUCUUCUUCAAAUGAGGAAGUAGCCUCUAGAGAAGGAAUGGGUUUUAAAACAGAUGAUGGGGGUAAUAUUUCUCCAGUAUCAAAUAAAACUACUAGACAAGGAACGUCGGUAUUAAAUAAAGAACUGGAAGAAAAGAAUAGAAUAAUUGAAGCCUAUCAAAGGAAAAUUAGCGAAUUAGAGACCAUGAUAAAUGCAAAGAACGUCAAAAAAGAUAUAGGUAAUUUGAUAGACACACAUUAG